AUGAAUUUCGAAGAUUUGGAGACUUUAUGGGACAGGCAGGAGGAAGCCGAGGAAGUUCCAGCGCCCGAAACGACCGGUACCACUAAUCCCGAUCAUACGGCAGACGACUUGUUAGGGUUGAACACUGACAUCAAAAUCAUUAACAGGACAAAGCGGGUAAAGUUGGACAAUUCAAAGCUUCUUGAUGACGACGUGAAAGGGUUAAACUACAUUCGCAAAAACUACAGAAAAAUCAAGCUCACCUCGCGGAAAUCCUCGCACAAGACGGUCACCCGAAAGAGCAUCCAGGAAACCCCCGAAUACAUCAACUUGACCAGGCUACUAAACUUUUACCAGAUUUGGGCCCACCAGUUGUUCCCAAGGGCAAACUUUACUGAGUUUAUCGAAACCUUACAAACUACCGAUAAGGCAAACUACAAGUUGAGGGAAACUAGACAGAGCUGGUUGGAUUUUGAGGCUGACGGUGGGUUCAAGGGCAUCACGCGAGACGACGGUGACAUGUAUCUUUUUAGAGAUAUCGACGGAGGACUCAGCGAUACAGAAUUCACAACGCCAGCCCAGACAAAGGUCUCUGCCAUCGCCGAGUCUGUGGUUCCAGGAUCAAACAGCUUGUUCGUGGGGGAUGAUAGUGAUGAGGAGUUGUACCACACCGCCCAGACCGCCACCAUCAACCCAGAGGCUGCCAAAGAAGCUGCGUCGGCUGCAGUGCCGUCGGUAACCAAUAUCUUAGGUGAAAAUGGACUUUCAGUCGAUGCUGACGAGUUUGACGAUUGGAGUGAUUCCUUAAUGGACGAGUUCGACGCCAACUCCACAAAUAUCGCUACGGUGAUGGCCAGUCCACCAGGGGCCCAGGAGAUGGCGGAAGUUGAAGCGGAAAUGAACGCCAAAGAGGGAGAUUUCGACGACGAAAUGGAUGUGCUCAGGGAAAUGGGAAUGUAAGGAAUAAAUAACGAAAUUGGAGUUUAUUUUGUACUUGGAGUGAUUAACCAGAUGUCCUACUGCCAUAUUGGAACCAAAGCGAGUACAGCUAUUGUCAAGCAAAAAGAUAUGGACGAGUCAGGAGUCGAACCCGAGACCUUUCACAUGCUAAGCGAACGCGCUACCAACUACGCCACACGCCCUAUCAAUAUUGCAAUAACCAUAGGCUACUGCUUUGUCGGCAAAGCUAUAAAUCG